CCGUCGCGCAUCCCCGGCGGCGCGACUCCCCUACGCGCGACGAACUCGACGCUCCAGAUCCCACCAGCGCCGCCGGCUUUCUCACGCCACCCGGCCGCCUCCCUCACGCGCCGGCCCGGGCCGCUGCUGCCUCCGCCCCGGCCAGCUCCCUGAUGUGCCUCCCUACCCCGGCCAUAUCCCAACCCUGGCCGACACCCCGCGUCCCCUCUGGCCGCGUCGCCUCUACCAUCCAUCGCCUUCCGCGCCCCUCCCAGACAGAGAUCGAUCUCGCUCUCAACCAGCCAGAGCCGAAGAGCUACGCAUAGCUGCCUAGCCGGCCGGCCAGCUAGCCUCGUCCUCCUCUUCCCAUGCCAUCGUCCUACUCCGGUCGAACGAGCCUGCUCGAUCCAUCGCCGUGCCACGUACGGGAGCUACCGAUGGAUGCCGCGCAAGCGCCCGCGGGAGUGGUGGUCAACAUCGAGGCGCUCGCCGGACAGAGAGGGAGCAACGCUCCCGCUGCGCCCAAGGACCAAGCAUGGAAAAAGUUUUUGUGCCACGUUGGACCAGGAUUUAUGGUUUCCCUAGCCUUCCUUGAUCUCCGGAACUUGGUAUUCUCGCAGCAGCUGCUGCUGAAGGCUUCUCUUUUUAAUUGUGGCACUGCAUCUGCAAAUGGAGUAUGCUUAGACACUUGAAGGACAACAUGAUGACGAAGAUAUGGCCAUCCAGGAACUGGAAAAGUCCUGCAUCACCACCAGCAAAUGGACAGGAAGGGAAGUGGCUUCCAAAUCAUUAGCUGCAACAGCUUAAAGCCUGAGUCUGUUGAAUUGCCCACCUUUGGCCCAAAGAAUUCUAUGCAUGAAUGCAAGAAGAGAUACCACGAAGCAGGAGUCACAUUUAUUCUACCAUAUUCAAAAUUGUCGGUUUCUCUAUUCUCCAAUUCUCAUUAUUGAGUAGAUGAGAUUAAUAGUAGCAAUGUCAAUCAAAUAUCAGGAUAGUUAAAUAGAUUAUGUCUCAGCAUUUAUGAAAACAAUCUGAUCGCAUCACUGUAAUAUGUGCGCUCCAUCAACAAGACUGAUUUAGUGUCAAGCUGUUGUGGCGUAGCAGUCUCAUGUCCUACUGGCAUAAGCAUAGCUCAACAGGAACUCGAGGGGGCUAAGAAUUAGCUGAUGCAAAAACAGAAAGAAAAAUGUGCUCAAGGCUAUCAAGAAAGAAAGAAAGAAAAUAAAGUACUUAUCUUUGCCGAGGCACCUUUUUUCCUUCUCUAAGACAUGUACUCAGUGUAAUAUUUAUUUAUAUACGACUAUUUGGUUUACAUGAAAAAAAAUUAUUUCUCCA